AUGAGCCUGGUCAUCAAGGGUCUGAUCUGCAUGGACUCGGCUCGUCACGAUCUGCACAGUCAUGAGCCUGGUAAUCCAGGCCCUCGCUCCUUUGCUCAAGUUGCUGCGGCAAUGCCUGCCGCCGCCACUGCCACAUCUUCGGCCCCUAUGACCGAGGAUUUGUCAGCAUCGGUGCCCUCUGAGCCAAAUGGCAGCGGGGAGCAACAACCCUCGCCCGAGUCCACAGGGCAGACACAUCAUUCGAUUCCUAACACACCAUCGGAUUUUUUGACCAUGUCUUCGGAUGAAAGCGACUCCCCUCCUCGCUCCACCGCACUCCGCGCGCCCACCCCUAUCGCCCCUCCCGCGCAUGAUGGUGCCGGUGACACAAACGGCAGUGUCACGCCUGAGCCAUUGGUGCAAUCACCUACACCCGCUCAAAUGGUGCUGCCAUAUCCAUCGGGUACACAACAAACCCAUUCCGAUCCCUCUCCGCCCUCUGCUUCACCCCCUGCCUCUGCCAUUUUGCCCGCUGCCGUUUCACAUCCUGUCGAACACAGUGAGCAUGCAAACUCAGCCCCACUUGGCGAAGUCAGUGAGAGUGAAACACACAAUACAGCGAGCGAACACAGUGAGAGUGAGCAAGAUGUUCUUCUCAGCGAUCCCGCUCCGUCCAUCGCUGCCAACGUGCUGGAUGCCCAGCGCAAGGUCCUGCUGAAGACAUCUGGCCACAGGCAACUCCUCGCCUGCCCAUUUGGGCUUUGCAAAUGCAAGGGGCCCCGCCUUGACCGCAAAGGCUGGGUCAAUCAUGUACUACGCGAGCACCCCUACGACGAGCAAGCCACUGAUCUGGUCAAGCAGGUGAUGGAGGCCAAAUUGGUCGCCCAGUGCAACAAGUGUCACCUCUUCUUCGAAGCUGCUGGUAUCAGUCAACACCGCUCCCGAUGUGGUGCCAAUCUGAAGCGAGCGACCGAGGCGUUGUUUCAUGCGGCUGGACACGACCUGCUUGAGAUUAUGCGUGGCGCUUGGCCCCAACAGUGUGUAGGGUCUCGCAUCAGCGCCCGGCAUCCACUGAUGCAGCGCAGCCGCUACCCAUCCAACGCCACCGAGACCAAGCUGAUGGCUGCCACCCUGAGCCAGCUGUAUUGGUCUGCCGUCCACUCGGACUAUACCGCUGAAGAGCGAGAGAUGUGCUGGGCUUUGAUUUUGGCCUUGCCUAGCAUGUUGUUGUCUGCUCCCUCGACCGCACUGUCUACGAUUGACCUGCGCAAUAUGUUUCACGAUCGUCUCCGUUGGCUUGUGACGGGGCAACUAGGUCGGGUCGUGGACGCCAUGCGCAAGGCAGUCGCACGCAAGCAGAGCCGUCAAGGACAGCUGAACGCCGGCGCGGGGGCCCACCCGAACGACGCAGUCGACCAGAGCCUCAGGUCGCUCGUCCGCGACCCGGACCUGGCGGACGAAGCCUGGGCAAACCACGUCACGAACCGUCUGAACCGAGGUCAGAUUGCCAAAGCAUUUGAUGCCGACAAGGCUCGUGCCGUGAUUGGUAAUUCUGAGGUUCAGGCCGUGCGCGACCUCUUGGUACCGCCCGGGCUGACCCCGUACAUUGCUUCGACACCCGCCUCCACGUCUACACUGGCACCAGCCACGGCUGCGAGCUCCCCAAACGUGUCCUUCACCAAGGGUGAGCUCCCCAAGGCGUUGGCGGCCACCAAGGGCGUCACCGAUCCCUAUGGUUGGUCUGGUGAGCUUCUUGCCUCCAUCUACCGCAUCAAGGAGCACUUCAGUCAAGUCUUGGGCCCACGCCAGGGUUCUACCAGCGACCCGACUGCUCCUUCUGAUGGAGACGCGCCUCAGGGCCCCACCACCGCCACUGGAGGUCCUCAGGUUGCCUUGAACAAGAUCUUUCACCACAUUGCCAACAACACCGUGCCCGAGUCGAUUCGACAUGCCCUUUGCUCCAUCAACUACACUAUCCUGGAGAAGGCCAAUGGCAAGUUUCGACCCGUGGGCACGGAUUCCAUCUUCAACAAGGUUGUCAACCGCGCUCUGCUCGAGCAACAGCAGCCCCAUAUUGCCCACUUGCUACAGGCCAGUCCAGAGCUGGCCGUCAGAGUCAAGGACGGCAUUUCAGCAGCGGUUGGCAUGGCCUUUGGUGAGCUUCAAGCCUGUGAGUCUACCCCGGGCUGGACCAUGCUCUCCCUCGAUUUCAAGAGUGCCUUCAACUACACCGACCGAGCACGGCUACACGAGAUUGUGGCCGACAAGGUUCCUGGCCUUUUGCGCGCCUUUGAACGACACUAUGCUCGACCCACUACCCACUGCAUUGUCGACAAGUUCUUCAAGGUGAUUGACAUUGAUGUUGGCCAAGGCAUUGUGCAGGGCAACGAGCUAUCGCCCUUCUUCUUUGCCCUGUACUCCUGUGAGGUCCUGGGUCUCCUCGACGCCACCACUGACUACCGCUGCAAGGUCAUCAAGUACCUCGACGACAUUGUACUGAUGGGUCCCGCGGAGGACGUGGCGGCCGACGUCGAGAUUGUUAAGGCUCGUGCAGAGUCUGCUGGCCUUCAUCUGCAGCCCAGUAAGAGCCGCUUCUACAUGCCUCGUCACCAUCCCGCUUCCAUCGCUGCUAUCGAGUCUGCCUUGCCAGAUGCCGUGCGCGAGACGGCCAACACGGGCAUGACGGUCUUGGGAACGCCGAUUGGCCGUCGCGAGUGGAUGAAGAAGCAGCUGAACGACAAGGCAAAGCACAUUGCUGGCAAGCUCAAUGACAUGCUGACGACCGGUGUCUCGCUUCAGGCCCUCCUCACGGCCAUGCAGUACGUGCCUAGCCUCAUCAACCACCUCUACACGCUGCCCCCAACUGAGAUCAUUGCCCUCCGCUCCAAGGCGGCACUUGACGACCUGAUGGCCAAGUGCGCGCUGGACCUGCAGCAGGCAUAUCUGGCCUCACGCGAGUGGGGCGUUAGCACUGUCUUGACCAUGCGGGGUCGGGACAAGUUGCGUCGCUUGAGCGACACGACCUUUGCCAUUGCGGUUGUGUCCAUGAUGGGUUUUGGCCUCCAUGAACUCAUCAACGUCAAGCCGACGGACAAGUGCCCGCUCUGCAGCAGCAAGACACCUCAGCCGCGACUAACCCGCGAGCACCUGCUGACCUGUCGUCCCAUCAAGCGUCACAACGCCCUUCGCGACGAGAUGGGCCGCCUGCUCAGGUACGCCACCCUCUCCCAUGUCUGGGUGGAAAAGUCUGGCUACAACGCCAACGGUCAGAGCUGCCGCAUCGACCUGCACUGCCGCAACCCUUUUCCCGGCGGUGCUCUGGGCCCAGCUCUGCCCGACCUGGGCAUUGACGUGACUGUGCGCACAGCCCAACCCCCGACCACCUCGCAAGCCUGCAUCAAGGUGGGCGCUGCCCUUCGCCGAGCCGAAAAGGAGAAGCGCGACUACUACACCGGUUUCAAUCAUGGAAAAACUCUGAUCGUCCCUGCGGCGAUGACGACAACCGGUGGGUUCGCCUCCUCCUUUGUGGAUCUGCUUGGUCAGCUCGCCCGCUGCGCCGAGGCCCGUGGUGUGUACCAGCCGGGGCUGGAUGAGGCCUUUGUUCCUCGGUGGAAGGGUCGCUUUGCGGCGCUGGUCCAUCAGAUGAACGCUGACCACAUCCAGCGCCACUUUGGCGGUGUCUGCCUGCGCUCGUCGUAG